AUGGCAACUCACAAGGCUUCCAGCGUCACUAUCGACGAGUACAAGUUCCCCAGGGGCAGCAAGCAAUUCGGAACCUUAGUCUGUGGUGUCUUGAUGGCACUUUCAACCAAACGAAAAUACAUUGAGCCUGGUUCGCUCCUCCACGACCAAGUCCUCGCCAGAGGGGGAGCCAAAACCAUUCAGUACUCCAAAUACGUCCAGAAUUUUUUGUUCUACUUUCUCUUCGGGGCUCAUGGCAUUGAGACCGUCCACUUCGCACUGACGAAGUUGAAACGACACAACGUCAAAUUUUUGAGUUUCGUAUGGCUCAAAUGGGUUGUCACCGCCUUCGUGGGCGGAACCUUUGCCAUCCAGCACUUUGAUGAGGUGGUUGAGGCCAAGGAAAUCAAGACCAUCAAAGAAAUCUAG